AUGUUCUUCCUCAAAGAAGAAGCCAAGGUCAUCACCUUGCACCCAUCCUACUUCGGACCCAACAUGCGCGAGUAUCUUAUUACUCGACUCAACGAGGAGGAGGAAGGCCGGUGUACGGGAGACCACUUCGUGAUCUGUGUGAUGGAUAUGGUCGACAUUGGCGAAGGACGAGUAAUGCCUUCCAGCGGCCACGCCGAAUACACAAUUAAAUACCGUGCAAUCAUUUGGAAGCCAUUCCGGGGUGAAACUGUCGACGCCAUUGUCACCUCCGUUAAGCCCACCGGCAUCUUCACACUGGCGGGUCCUUUAUCUGUCUUCAUUGCUCGAAAAAAUAUCCCCUCCGACAUCAAGUGGGAGCCGAACACCGUUCCCCCACAAUACACCGACCAUGCAGACCAGGUGAUUGAAAAGGGUACAAGUUUGCGACUGAAGAUUCUUGGUGUGAAGCCAGACGUGGCCGCCAUCAACGCCAUUGGCACGAUUAAGGAGGAUUAUCUUGGACCGCUGUAA